AUGGAGGUCGACCAGGACGAACCCCGCCAGGAAAUGCGGAACCCAGAGCAAGCCAUCGUCAGGAGGGUUCUCAGGGCCGUGGAUGUGUUCUCUAACACUGUGGCACGCGAUAUAAGGGAAGAUGAUCAGGAGUUUAUCGCGCCCUGGAACGCUCCUAGGGUUGUGGAUCUCUACCCUCAGCGCGGUCGGUUCUUUGGGUAUGAAGACCUUUCUGCCAUAAUCUAUCACAAGGACAAUUGGCUCACUAAACUGAUCACUAUUCGUCACCCGGAAGUCAUCACGGACUUGGAUAAGUUUCGGCUAUACACUUCUCUACUCCUGUUUUGCCGUGCCCAAGAUGAUGCCUGGAUUCAGUUCUGCGCCGCAUUCCAAGUCAUGGCCGGGAGGGUUACUCAUAGGCCCGGGAUCGUGGAGGAAGUCCAUGCUUGGCCCGCGGCCCUCCAGUUGUUCGACAUUGAGGGACUGACCAAUAUGCCGGACGAGUUCCUGAACUCGGAUCGUCCUGGAGGGCUUCUAACAAGGAUGCGUGACAAUGCUCACUUUGUUGAUGGGCUCCUCCGAUGUUUCGCGCUGACUGCGUAUUGCGGUGGCUCGGUUACCGAGCGAAGAAUCGAGAAGGUCUUCCGGGAGUGUGGAGAUUUCCCGAUCCCAACGGUCGAGCACAUACUGACGAUUCAUGACCUAACCUUUGCUCACGUCAGGGACGCUCGUUUUUACUGCCAGAUGGCUCAUGCGGUGGAGAUCCCUGGAUUUUUCCCGAUACAACUCCAAAAUGUGUAUCUCCAGGCGCAGUACACGAGGAUGACAGCCAUCAACAUCAUGAUGCUAGCUCAUAAUGCGUAUCAAUACGCACCAUGGGCCCUUUUGCACUGCCAGUUCUCGGGUGAGUCGACCAAUAUGAUGAAUGCCCUCAAGCUUAUAUCAAGAUACGGAAUUGUCGGCCCAUUUAUCGGAUAUGGCCAAGAGGUUGAGCAAGUGAAGGUAACGUUGUAUCCGCAUAUUGCAUUCGCAUGUGCUGCGAUAUUCGCGGGCGACACUUGGCGACAUUAUGCCGGGAACUGGCUGGCGAACUCACCGAUUAUACAAAGAAAUAACGUGUACAAAUGGAUUUACAUCACAAGGAAGGUUCUAGGGACGCAAGCAUUCAAGAUCUGUGACGCGGACCGUGGAGCGAAGGCAGUUAUGUCAUGCAUGGCAAUUGUUCAGAAGGCCAUGCCGGGUGAUAUGACCUUGAGUCUGGACGAAUAUGUCGAUCGUCACUUUGCAACUGCUGCAGCUCGUGAGGAGAUUCGGGUAAUGCUGUUGAAUUUCUUGGUGUUGUUGAGAAUGUGUGGAAGCAGUGUUGCCAUGCACAAGAAUUGCAGGAAUAGAGUAUACCCCGGAAAAUCUAGGGUGGAAAGGCUUCCUGUGCCAGAUCAUCUGGUGAGUUGGAGUGCCCCCUGGCCAGUUUAUCAUCCCAAUGUGUACAAUGAUGCUUCUUUGGAAGGAAAGCCAUGGGCUGAUCCUGAUAUAAGGGAAAAAGGAAAGGGUUCAGAGUACAAGUGGAAUUCCAUGGACGGAAAUGUCAACCGCGUUUCGCAUGAAGGUCCGUACAGUAUCGAGAGAAAUCGACCCUUGAACCCCAGAGGAAGAACGGGAUUGGAAGGACGAGGCCUGUUGGGUCGUUGGGGACCGAAUCAUGCUGCUGAUCCCAUUGUGACCCGCUGGCAAAGGGACAGCAAUGGCGGAAUAGUUACUCAUGCCUUGUCCUCCGAACCCAUCUUGGAAUUUGUGGCCAUACUCAGGCGGGAUUGUCAAGAGUGGGCCAUACCAGGGGGAAUGGUUGAUCCCGGAGAAAUGGUGAGCAAAACGCUCAUGCGUGAAUUCAUGGAAGAAGCCCUGGGAUCAGAUGACGCAAACCCUGAAGCGGUUUCUAAAAUGUCCGAGAACUUGGAAGAAUUCUUUUCUUCUUCAAAACGAGAGGUUUACCUCGGAUACGUGGAUGAUCCCAGAAACACGGACAACGCAUGGAUGGAGACAGAAGCGUGGAAUUUCCACGACGAAAACAAUUCCGUGGUGGGGAAAAUGAACUUCCAAGCGGGUUCGGACGCGUCCCAAGUCGAAUGGGUUCCGAUUUCCAGAGAAUUGAAACUCUAUGCGUCCCAUUCCCACUUCAUUGAGCUUGUUGCCAAGAUGAGAGGUGCGCAUUUUUGAAAGAAAGAAGCAAAAUGAAAAGAAGGGAAAGAAAGUUAAAAGAGAAUGUGUGAAUGUUUAAACCGUCCGAAAUCAUGAAUAAAGAGGGGCAUUUCAAUGGGGGUUUUUUGUUGUUGUUUCAGCGGUACAUUAAUUGUGUUCUUGUCUGUGGAAUAAAUGCACUCUAUACGUA